AUGACCCCCUCCUCAUAUUGCCCCCCUGGCUGUGCCCCACACCCGCAGCUUGUCGAGUCCCCGACCCAGGCUGAGCCCCCGCACCCCGUGCUGCAGCCGCUACCUGGACUCUGCCCACACCUGCUCCUGGGCCCCGAGAUCCCGCUCUCCAGCAAAGGCCCGGGGUGGCUGCCACUGACAAGCGUCCCCUCAGAAACUUCCAGAGUUCCCAGACCCAAAGGGGAGCCCCCUCUGUCCUCUGGCCACAGGGACAAUGGUCAGGCCCCUCCUCCCGGCAGACCCCACCCCACACGGGAGCCCCCCGCGGCCCCGACCCCCAGCCUCACCUGUCGCCUCCCGGCCCAGCGACCUCCGACCGCGGCUCUGGCUCCUGUGCUGCCCGCAAGACACCCGGGCCCGCCCUGCCCGCCGGUUGCCAGGGAAUGGGGCGCCGCCCAGAGAGGUGCCCUGUCCCCACCCCGCCUGGGCCGGGAAGCAAAGUCCAGGGGCGACGGGAAAGACGACACCCAGGCCGGCGGAGGGCGGCACCGCACCCGGGACCUCCCCACAGGAGCUGCCCCCGCUGGGGACACCGAGGCCGAGACGGUGUGCGGCCUUGCUGCCUCUUGGCCUGUGGGCUUGGGCUCCUGUCCCCCAGGCCGGGCUCAGUUCUGCCAUCCCCUGGCUGGCCAUAGGGCCGCUCUGAACCUUAGUCUCUUCUUCCAUCGAUUGGGCCCCCAGCCCCGAGUCAGCCCAGGGUAG